AUGAGGACUCUGUUCGCAAAUUUACGUGUGGAUCCAGAUGGUCCAGUACAAGAAGUGCAAAUCACAUCAGAACCUGUGAUUUAUACAGACAAAGACGACAACGGCAACAAGAGGUCCCAUGAUGUCAUGCUGCUGCAGCUACCUGUCCCCUCUGCCAUUCAACCUGUAGCUCUUCCAGACUGUGAAUAUCAUCCUAAAAUGGUUGAGAUCGCAGGUCACGGUGCCACCACUGGAGGCCCUAAUGAUGAAAGGAAACCCAGUCAAUCACCUACUCUCCACUGUGCAGAUAUUGAAGUUGUGAACUGUGAAGACCUCAAAAAUACGUUGCAGAAACAUUUUGAAGAGAUCUACCCAGUCAAGGUGUAUCAGCACUGGUUCUGUGGUCAAACACCUAACGUGGAUAUAUGUUACGGAGAUUCUGGCGGAGGAGUGGUGUACGAAGAUAAGAUUUACGGUGUCAUUUCUUUUCUUGGUGAUCCUAAGCGUGUGUGCAGGAAAGCAGCUGCGUUCAUGGACCUCUGCAAUCCAGAAUAUGCAAAGUGGAUAAAUCAAACUAUUACCUGACGAUAAAAAAAAGAUGUCUGCAGUAUGAUGUGGAUAAUGAAAAUAAUGAAAGCUCAA